AGAUCCCCAUUCCCAGAGUCAGGAUAUUACAGGUAAAAUGAGCAAGAAAGUAGCAGGAAAUUCCUCCUCCGUGUCAGCAUGUCCCAAGGGAUACAAUUCACCGAUUCACCCUUGGGUGUAAGGUAUUGGGCCAGCUUCGUGCUUCGGUCAGCAUCCAGGCUUGGCUCCGUCCUCCCGACAGCAGAGGGUGCCCGGGAACCGGGAAUGCUGAGCUGGAGACAUCGCCUGGGGCUGCCCAGCUCCCGAGGGUCUCACAGCCGGGAAUUCUGUCAGCAUAAAAGACACCAGGGGCCAGACACUGCGCCCACUGCACAUCGCAGUGAAUACCGAGUUACACACCCUGUCUGGGUUUUUUGGUUUUUAGUCUCCAGAGGAGGAAAAGAGGUGAGAAAGGGAAUGUUUCCAUCUCUUACGAGUUUCCUUGGUUUAUCAGAUUCCCAUUGCACAGUUUGUUGUGCAAUUCCUUGGAAAGCAGAGUUCUGUGGGUAUAGGCAGGGUAGAUGGGGGAUAGGUAUGGUGGCUGGGUCUGCUGUUGUCCUCCUAAUGACACUAGGGAGAGAUCUAAAUAAAUAAAUAAAUAAAUAAAUAAAUAAAUAAAUGUUUGGGGGAUUUUUUAGUGAGGAAAAGCUGAGCUGUGAACACCCCUGGUUAUCACUUUUAAAUCAGUCACCAAAACUGCUCUCAGCCAACUCCACACAGAGCAGGAUUAUCCAUCCAGGUCCCCGCUCUGACAGGGCUGGGAGUGGAGGCCGUGGGGGUUUGUGCUCUUCUGACCCACUCUUCCUCCUCUGGCUACUGCUGCCCCUUGCUUGAGAUGGGGUAGCUAUGGGAUAGAGGCACACUGAGUGGGAUACAACCCAGCAGCCUGUCUGACAGCCUGCUCUGCUUUGGGGACACGUAAACCUGGGGAAUUGCUGCUGUGUGACCCCGUGCUGAGCCCAACAGAGCGAUGCUGCUUAAUUGGAGCUGUUAAUGUGCCGUGGAGCUGGUGCGUGUUCCGAGCAGCCGGAGGAUGCUUAGGACCCAGGGGAAGCGCUGUGGAGCCCGCCUGGCUGGGCUUGGAACGCUCCUGCCUCCGCAGCCAGGACUUCUCAGGUGUCCCGGUGCAGAGCGGAGCUGUGCAGGCCAGCGGGGCCCUCCUGGCAGCUGCCCCUGCCCCACCUCCGUGCCCAUGCUCUGGACCCCCAGGGCACCCAUGUGCUGGCCCGGGGACCCCUGCGCACCAUGAAUGACCAGUACCACCGAGCUGCCCGGGAUGGCUACCUGGACCUGCUGAAGGAAGCCACCAAGAAGGACCUGAACUCGCCAGACGAGGAUGGCAUGACCCCGACCCUAUGGGCCGCCUACCACGGCAACCUGGACGCCCUGCGCCUCAUUGUCAGCAGAGGGGGUGAUCCAGACAAAUGUGACAUCUGGGGGAACACCCCCCUCCACCUGGCAGCAGCCAAUGGCCACCUGAACUGCCUCUCCUUCCUCAUCUCCUUUGGGGCCAACAUCUGGUGCCUGGACAAUGACUACCACACCCCACUGGACAUGGCAGCCAUGAAGGGGCACAUGGAGUGUGUGCGGUACCUGGACUCGAUUGCUGCCAAGCAGAGCAACCUCAACCCAAAGCUGGUGAGCAAACUGAAGGACAAGGCCUUUCGGGAUGCGGAGCGGAGGAUUAAGGACUGCGUGAAGCUGCAGAAGAAGCACCACGAAAGGAUGGAGAAACGGUACAGAAAGGAGAUGUCAGAUAAUUCGGAUACCAUGAGCUUUUCCAGCUACUCAAGCAGCACCUUAAGCAAGAAGUUCCAGCACAUGUCUAUGGUGACUUCCUUGCCAUACUCACAAGCCACCAUCCACGGCACAGCCAAGGGAAAGACAAAAAUACAAAAGAAAUUAGAGAAGAAGAAGCAGGUGGACGGGACAUUCAAGAUCUACGAGGAUGGCAGGAAAAGCGUGCGGUCCCUGUCCGGUCUGCAGCUGGGCAACGACGUCAUGUUUGUGAAGCAGGGCACGUACGCCAGCCCCAAGGAGUGGACUCGCCGCAAUAUCCGAGACAUGUUCCUCACGGAGGAAGACACUGUCUCCCGUGCCAUAAGCGACCCAGGUUUGCACAUGGACUCGGCCCACUCCGAGGUCAGCACUGACUCUGGACACGACUCCUUGUUCAACCGCCCCGGGCUGGGCACCAUGGUGUUCCGGCGCAACUACGUGAGCAGCGGGCUCUUCGGGAUCGGCCGGGAGGACGGGGCCGCGCCGGGGGAGGACAGCGCCGACGGGAUGGGCGUCAGACUGCGGAGCCGCCUGCAGCGCUCGCCAAGUCUCAACGACAGCAUUGGCAGUGCCAACAGCCUGCAGGAGAGGAACGAGGAGGAGCUGCCCUGGGAUGAGGUGGAGCUGGGCUUAGAUGAUGAUGAUGAACCAGACACAAGCCCCUUGGAAACUUUUCUGGCUUCCCUGCACAUGUUUGAAUUCAUCUCCAUCCUGAAGAAGGAAAAGAUUGACUUGGAGGCCCUCAUGCUGUGUUCAGACAAUGACCUGAAGAGCAUCAAUAUCCCUUUGGGCCCCAGGAAAAAGAUUGUGGAUGCCAUCCAGAGGAGAAGACAAACGCUGGAGAAGCCAGAUGUCAUUGUAGACACUGAACUGUAA